UGGCCUUACAAACUACCCCUACCAAUGCGUUCGGCUCUUGCAGACCUUGAGAAAAAGGCCAAAUCCAAUGCGGCUAAGAUUGUCUCCGAUAUAUUUUCGAAGCCUGAACAACUUGACAAGAUUGACAUAAUACGCUCUCGUUUUGUAAGCCAAAAAACAGCGACCGAGGCUCAACUCAAAAUGGCAAUUCACAGCCAACUAGAUGGUGUUAAAUUGGGCUUAGCUAAAUUGGAUGAUGGUUUAGAAGAGUCUAAGAAGUGUACAAUAAGAUUUUCGGAUCUAGAGCAUUCACUUUCACAGUUAGGAGGGCUAUCAUCUUCUUUAUUGGAGCUCAAAAACUUGUCUAAGAAAUAUAAACAGCUUGCUGCCGCGAUGGAAAAUAUGUCAUAUCUAGUUAAAGUUCCCGAGGCGAUGGAACAGGCAAAAUCAUUAAUUGAAUCAAAACAACUGUUGGAAGCGCAUAAAAUAAUCCAAGAAGUUGAAGGCGUACGAGAUGAGCUUAUGUCUGAAGUGCAUAAGCAACAGGCUAUAAGCGAUCUUGAAACUUUGCGAACUUUUUUUAUCGGAAUAGAAGAACUAAACAAAUCAAUGGCCAGCGAAAUGAUGAUUUUUGGCUCUAGAUUAUCUAGUGCAGUUGUGACUCAGGGUGUCCUCACGGCUAACUGUGUCCGCAUAAUAGAUAGGGAAGAGAGAAUACUUGCUAGCUCUAUGGAUAAAGAAGAUGAUAAGAAUAGGUUGGUUCGACACAACGAAAUGAUUCGUCAAUGUGCACUAGAGGAUCUGAAAAUUGCUAAGAAAGCUAUUGCUGGCGGCUAG